AUGUUGCUCUUUAAUAUCAAACAAAUUGUGCAAAUUGUGGAUAAUGGCACGGAGUUCCUGGCCGGAAAGGAUAUGGCCAAUGUAAAGGUAUGGCUAUACAAUGGUUUAUAUUAUAUUUACUAUUCCUCGAUUUAUUGAUAGUUGUAAAAGCAAAGUUCAAAUAAAUGGUUUUAAGGUAUUAAACUCGGCAGAUGGAUCUCUAGCCAUAUUAACGGAGAAUGGUUUGGUUAAGGAGAUUGGACCUUACAAUGUGGUUCGUUGUUAUCACAAAUUGACGUGUGUAAUAAAUUAAUAAAUUUAGUUGAGAAACAAAAGCAAAGAGCAGGUGGAUUGCCAUGGAGGUACGGUAAUCCCGGGCCUUGUUGACGGCCAUUCCCACCCUGUCUUCGCUGGUGAUCGAGUAAAUGAAUUCGCGAUGAAAUUGGCCGGAGCCACUUAUAUGGAGGUAAUGUGAAUGCACAGAUAUUUAUUUUCUCAUUUUAGGUUCAAAAGGCAGGAGGCGGAAUUCAUUUCACAACGGAGAAAACCCGGGAGGCUUCAGAAGAUGAUCUUUUGAAAGACUUUGAAAUUAUUUUAUCAAAGAUGUUGUCCUCUGGCACCACAACUUUAGAAGCAAAGUCUGGUUAUGGACUGGACACUCAAACUGAAUUAAAAAUGCUGAGAGUCAUCGAAACGGCAUCAAAAACGUCACCGGUCGAAUUGUCAGCAACUUUCUGUGGUGCGCAUGCAGUGCCCAAGGGAUCAGAUGAACAAAAACAAACGGAAAUCAUAAUCAAAGAAAUGAUUCCAACUCUGACAAAAGAGAAACAAAUCGGGAAUUUGAAUACCUUGGAGAACAUCGACGUCUUCUGUGAGAAGAAUGUUUUCGAACUGGAAUCAACCAGGAAAAUCCUGGAGGCCGGAAUAGGUGCGGGAUUGCACGUCAAUAUACAUGCUGACGAACUGUACCCUCUGGGAGGUGCUGAACUGGCGGCUGCAUUACAAGUAAACAAAUAUUCCUUUCAAAUAAUAAAUGAUUUUUAAGGGCCGAGCAGCCAGUCAUCUGGAAGAGAUCAGUGAUUCGGGAAUUCAAGAAAUGGCCAAAUCAGGCACGGUAGCGGUCCUUCUCCCCACAACUGCCUACAUUCUACGUCUACAACCGCCACCGGCAAGAAAGAUGAUUGAUAACGGAGUUAUCGUAGCCCUAGGGUCAGACUUUAAUCCAAACGCGCAUUGCUUGGCUAUGCCCAUGGUGAUGCACUUAGCUUGUGUUCUGUUCAAGAUGAGUAUGACUGAGGCCAUUGUGGCAGCGACACUCAACGCUGCCAAGUCUAUUGGUCGAGGAAAAACUCAUGGAGCGAUCUCGGUAAGCCACAUGAGUUCCAUGAGUUUCACGGAUCGCCUUUUCUUUAACGUAACCUUCGAUCUAACCCUUGCGGAUUUCAGGUGGGACGAGUUGCCGACCUUGUCGUCAUUGACGCUCCCCGAUGGGAGCACCUCAUAUAUCAGUUCGGAUCGCACAAGGAUUUGAUUCGUUUUGUCAUCAAAAAAGGCUCCGUGGUGUACGCCAAGAAAGUCUGAAUAAAUAACUUCUUACGCAAUAAAGCGGCUUUUGUAACUAUUUACUUACCCGGCACGACUUAAAGACUCCGACAGCGUCAAGGUGACGUGAGGUCUUUUUUUCUCUAAUUUGGAUGUCCUUGGCAGACAACACCCAAAUCCCCCGUCAAAUCCGAGGCGGAGGCGAUCGGAAGGGCUGAAACCUGGAUUACCUCAGUCAAUGCAAUCGGCAUGGAUUGGAGAUGGUCGGUCUGGCUCUGGUUUUUGGCUUUUGUGAAAGGCCAAGGAGGCUGUGGUGGUGGAGUUCAAUGGCCACCUCCUCCUUUGUACUUGCCGGCUCCGCAGCCUUUAUUCCCUCCUCCGUUACCUUGUAAUCCAACUCCAUGUAGGAACUGUCCUCCAGAGAAGGAGUUGCCUCAGCUGGUACCACCACCAAAGUUAUUCCCGGUCGCUCCAGGUAAUCGUAUUGGCGUUGACAAAGAAACUUAAUUGGCCCUUUAUUUCUUUGCUUUGAUGACGAAAGUACAGGGUGUUUCAAGAAAUUUGGAACAAAUAAUUUGCUUAUAUCGUUUUGUUCUUUGCAGCUAUCAACGAAUUUCUUUUUGCUUCUAAAAAUUGACAGCGUGCGUUUUUAGAAUCUCAAAAAAAAUUUUUUUUUCGUCGGUGGAGGGCCCAUUUCUCGGCAGAGAAAAUUAGGACCUUUUUUAAAAAUCACACCGUAUUACAUGGCGGAAACGCCGUUACAACGGCUGAAAUCAAGUUUACGUUACACCUCCGUCGAUUUUACGGUAUGCAUUUUUUGUUUUCGAUUUUACGCGCACCGCGGAGGCGCGGCGGAGACUUCAGAUUUCGGCGGACGUUGUUUUGGGCCUUCGGCUGUUGCAAUUCAGCCGUUGCAACGGCGUUUCCGCCACGUAAUACGCUGUGAUUUUUAAAAAAGGGCCCUAAUUUUCUCCGCGGAGAAAUGAACACAAAGAUAUAAGCAAAUCAUUUGUUCCAAAUUUCUUGAAACACCCUGUAUAUAGGAUGACUUAAACUUUGUUACAGAAGAAUAUCUGAACCGAAUUCCAUUUGCUCCUGAUAAGGUUGUCUUAAAAGAGACAAAAGUUACCAAAGUACCAGACUCUAAUUCGUCCAAGACAGAGGAUAAGCCGUUGAUUCUGCCGCCGCCAAUCGUCCCUCAAGUUCAAACCAAGCCUCUUACCUACACUCCGUAUUAUCCUUAUGGCCGACCUGUCUACCCAACCGGUCCACCUCCGUAUCAGCCGUUUCCUUAUCAACCCUUACCUCAGCCUGGAUGUCAACCCGCCCCUCCAUUAUUCCCAGCACCUUUGCCGCCCAUCCAAUUGCCUCCCCCUCCCCCUCCACCACCGCCAGCUCCAUUACCACCAAUCCAACUUCCAACCCUCCCUCCACCCCAGCCUUUUACCCUGCCCCCUCCAAUCAUCCUCCCUCCUCUUAUUCCUCCUCCUCUUCUCACUUGUUGUACUCAAUGUCAGCCAUGUGCAAUGAUCUAUCCGGCAUCUCAACAAUCAAGGGGACCUAAGAACUUUGUGGCCAAGACACUGCAAAAGGAAGAAGUCAAGGUCCCAGCUGAUCCAUUUUGCUCAAGCCAAAUGUUAAAACGAAUCAUGGAAAAGGUAAAAACAAACAGUUAAUUUUUAUUAUACAUUGUUUUUUGAUAACUUUUUCCUUUGGUUUACUAACAUCUUCAGGCAAGAAAUUCGACAAUCGCCAUCGCCAAACUGAAUAUUCAAAGAGAAGCCGAGAGCGAAAGCAGGGGUUCCGUUUAUCAUGUCAUCUGCUCAUCAACUGACUUGGAUUAUGCAACCCGAACUGAGGAAUAUUGUACAUCAGAGGUGACGAACGGAGUUUGUUAUGCUUUCAAAUCGUAA